AUAAAUCAUUAAAUCCAUCCGAUCCCGAUUCCCGAGUUAAGAACCUUGUUCCCGGGCCACCUUAAAUAUUUUAAGGCGAUAAGGAUGUCGGUGCUUUCGUGAAUUCUCUAUCUUUAUUUCUUGAGGCAUAGGUUCCGGAGGGUAAAGGGUGAUCGAAAGUUUACCAAAAAAAAGGGGUGAUCGAAAGACUGGAAGAGAUGUAAACGAAGAUCGAUGGCAGUAAGUGUAGGGAGGAUGAAACUGGGGUCACAAGGCCUGGAAGUGUCAGCUCAGGGACUUGGCUGCCUGGGCAUGUCGGCCGCCUAUGGCUUUCGAAAGCCUGAGGAGGAGAUGAUAGCUCUCAUCCACCAUUCCAAUAACAGUGGUAUCACCUUCCUUGACACCUCUGAUGUUUAUGGCCCUCACACCAAUGAAAUCCUCCUCGGAAAGGCUCUGAAAGGAAGGAGAGAGAAGGUGGAAUUGGCCUCUAAGUUUGGUAACAUAAUUGUGGAGGUGGGGAAGAAGAGGGAUAUCCGAGGGGAUCCGGCAUACGUGAGAGCGGCCUGUGAGGCAAGCUUGAAGAGGCUUCAGCUUGAUUGUAUCGAUCUCUAUUAUCAGCACCGAAUUGAUACCCGAGUUCCCAUUGAAGUCACGAUGGGUGAGCUCAAAAAACUAGUGGGAGAGGGAAAGAUUAAGUACAUAGGACUAUCUGAGGCUUCUGCUUCCACAAUUAGGAGAGCUCAUGCUGUCCACCCUAUAACAGCAGUGCAAUUGGAGUGGUCCUUAUGGUCAAGAGAUGUAGAGGAAGAAAUAAUUCCCACUUGUAGGGAACUUGGAAUAGGUAUCGUGGCAUAUAGUCCUCUGGGAAGAGGCUUCCUCUCUUCUGGGCCCAAACUUCUAGAAAGUCUUCCUCCGAAUGAUCAUCGAAAGAUUCAUCCAAGGUUCCAACCUGAGAAUGUUGAACAUAACAAAUUCAUAUUCGAGCGAAUAAAUGAAAUUUCUACAAGAAAGGGAUGCACUCCUGCUCAGCUUGCAUUGGCAUGGGUUCACCAUCAAGGAAGCGAUGUCUGUCCCAUACCAGGCACCACCAAGAUUGAAAACCUUGACCAGAACAUUGGCGCUUUGUCCGUGAAAUUAAUGCCUGAAGAAAUGGCUGAACUUGAAUCCUUAGCUUUGGGUGUUAAAGGUGAUAGAUAUCCAUCCACAAUAAGCACUUGGAAGAACUCAGACACCCCUGAUCCAUCAAUUUGGGAAGGUCAAUAAAUUUCCAUGAAGCUCACAAAAGCUCACAUGUGAUGAAAUAAGGUUCUGAUGGCCUUUUCAGUUUUAUGAUAACUCAAGUAUCUCCUUUGAUGUUUAAGAUGCAAACCAGGUAAUAUCAUGUUAAUAGAGGGACUUCCAUAAAAAAUACUUGAAUUCUGGGAAAGAAA